AUGGCGUCGAUGCGAACGACGAUGCGAACGACGGCGACGACGGACGCGGGGUCGGGACGACGCACGCGGCGUGGACGCGGUGCGACGACGCGCGCGGAGGCGAAAGAUGAAGAUGAAGAUGCGCGAUGCGUCGCGGUGACGAGACGGCGCGCGCUGGCGCGCGCGCUGGGGGCGGUGAUCGUCGUCGGCGCGCGAGGGGGCGAGCGGGCGCGCGCGGAGGGUGAGACGCGAGAGGUGGUGGUCGAGGCGGUGGUGAACGAGCGGUGGAUCGCGGUCCCGGCGAAGUUUCGAGUGCCGUCGUCGUGGAGCAAUCGACCGGGACAGCGGGCGAAGCGAGAGAAGUACGUGAUGUACACCGAUACGUACGGGCCGAAUUAUCGGUACACGACGUCUCUGCCAAAAUUUUUGAACGACGGCGCCGCGGCGGCGGAGUCCGUGCAGUUGGUCGUGCAGUCAAAGGAGGGAUUGGAAUCGAUCGAGGAUCUGGGACCGCAGACGAAGAUUGAUCCGGCGCGCGCUUUUGGGAUCGAGAUCGACGGUCUCGUCGCGGCGGAUGUGAAGAAAUCAAACGUCAGGAGCGCAAAGGGGGGGCAGACGUACUACGAGUGGGAGCUAGAUAACGGCGCCAAGUCGUUCCUGUUGUCCGCUUGCGUCUCCGGCGGUGGGUUGUACGCGUUCGUCGUGGAGGUAGAUUCCACGCAGUUUGAAGCCAGUACGGGCGCGUACACGGCGGUACUCGAAUCGCUGGAUAUUCCACGCGUAGAGGAGUCGCGAAACGACAUGUCGAGUCGCAUUUAUGAGAACCGAUAG